CCGUCACGUGCCGCCGCUGCCACCCAAUAGGCGAAGGCGGCACCUCUCGGGCUCGGAUUCAAACGGUCGGCGGGCGCGGUGUGUGCGGCUGCCGGUUUCCGUGGAGACGGGGAGGCCCGGCCGCGUCCAUGGAGUCGCGGCUCGUCGGCCCCGGGCCCUACCGCGCCACCCGGCUGUGGAACGAGAUAAUAGAACUUUUUCGUGCUGAGAUGCCUUUACGGAAGCAUCGUUGUCGCUUCAAAAGCUACGAGCGGUGCUUCAAAGCAUCAGAAGCAGUGGACUGUUUACAUGAAUUGCUUGGCUCUAAUCAAAACUUUGGCCCAGAAGUAACUCGCAAUCAAACGGUUAAGCUGCUUAAAAAAUUCCUGAAAAAUCAUGUUAUUGAAGAUAUUAAAGGACGAUGGGGCAAAGAAGACUUUCAAGAUGAUGGCCAUUUAUAUAGAUUUCCUCCUUCUUCACCGCUGAAGCCAUAUCCAAAGAAACCUUCAUGUGGAAGGGAAGUCAUUAAAUUUCCAGACUGGAAUGAACCUAAGGCUGGCACUUCCCAAGAACACAUCCCAGUGAAAUCAGUCACAAUGAACUCUGAGAUGUGGUACAAGCGACACAGUAUAGCUAUAGGGGAAACACCGGCAUGCAAACUUGUGUUCCGCAGAGAGCUAACACAAACAAAUAUAGAAGAGAUAUGGAAAUCCAUGACUUUGUCACAGUUACAAAAGGUCUUGGGUUUGGAUUCUCUGGAUGAAGUGUUAGACACAAAACUAGUGAAUUCAAAGCAUAUAGUCCAAAAUGCAUACAAUGUAAAUAAGCAAGGGAUUGUCACUUUAGAAGACAAAUCAAAAGAACUACCUCACUGGAUAUUAUCAGCGAUGAAAUGUCUAGCAAAUUGGCCUAGCUGCUCAGAUUUGAAGCAGCCUACAUACUCAGGAUUUGAAAGAGAUGUCUUCAAAACCAUAGUGGACUAUUUUGGCCAGAUGAAAGAACCUCUUCUCACAUUUCAUUUUUUUGAUGUUUUUGUUAGUGUGUUAGGUCUGCUGCAAAAGCACAGCAAGGCCAUAGAAGCUCUUCAGAUAUCUUGUCUCCUACUGCCACCCGAAAAUCGGAAGAGACUACAGCUGUUGGUGAGGAUGAUGGCAAGAAUUAGCUGCAACAAGGAUUUGCCACCUCUUUCUGAAUCAGUGAGGACCAGAACCUUGAUGGUUCAGGCAUUUUCCCGUUGUAUUCUCUGCUCAAAGGAUGAAAUGGACUUGGAUGAACUGCUUGCUGCUAAACUAGUAUCUUUUCUCAUGGACAAUUAUCAAGAGAUCUUAAGUGUUCCUUCCACCUUAAAAUCUUCUAUAGAGGAACAUGUUGUACGUCUCCAGAGAGUCCAAAUAAAAUAUGCUGGAGCUGAUAGUGAUGGGACUUUUCCUCCUCCAUCAUUUUGUCAUCAAAUCAGUACAGACGAAUUUGAAUACCAAAGGGCAACUGGCUCUCAAGAACCACUGGCAGCUUUAUUGGAAGAAAUCGCAAUGAACAAAGAAAUAUCUGUGAAAGACAAGAAGAAGCAGCUCAAGCAAUUUCAGAAAUCUUACCCUGAAGUGUAUAGAGUACGAUUUCCUACCCCUGAAACUGAAGCAGUGCUAUUUCCAGAAAAAAAUAAACAGAAACCACCUAUACUGAUGUGGGCUUUAAAAAAGCCUUUUCAACCAUUUCACAGAACCAGAAGCUUCCGGAUGUAAGUUGUUUAAAAGAUAUCAAUGAACUGAAUCAAAGUAUAUUAUCAGUGGAUUUUAUGCAAAAGGAGCCUGAGCAGCACGUAGUUACUCAAAAAAACUACUGGAGAUGCUGCUGAGAUGAUAGAAAAGGUCAAAAGAAGAGGAAAGUAUUGAUGUGGUAGAAGUGUGAGCCUCUAGCAGUAUUUUUUUUGUAAAUCAUUCUUUUUUGUGUCUGUUAUUUAAAAAUAAAAACAAAAAAUUAAAAAAAAAAAAAAAGGAAAAAAAAAAAAGAAAAAACAAACAGCAAACUCAAGGGGAUUAAUCUACCUGGGGGAUAAAGUACACUUACGGUAGCGUGAGUUGAUCGUAAUUUCAAGGUCUAAAUGUAUUUGUGUGUGAUGUACUGUUGGUAAAUAAUCAAUAGCAUUUUUUUUCUCUGAAAAUGAGUGUCUACUGUAUAAACUGGGCUGUGUUUGUUCACAUGUAGCUUGAUGAAUUAAUUUACUGUACAUGCCUGAAAAAGUAUGAAACACUGGAUUUACUGUUGUACACCUUUACUGUGUACACCUUUAUUUUGGAAAACUGUACGAACUUAUUCUUAAUUUUCUGAUUCAUAUGAUGCAUUAAAGCUGAGUCAACUAUUGAAAUUCCAUGAACUUUUUAUAGUGCAGACCCAUUCUUUUAAGGAACUUGGUAUUCAAAAUAUUUUUGUGUAUGUUCUUACUACAUAGUGUGGUACAAAAUUUGAUGCUUGACAAUAGAAUGUAUUUUAUCAGGAAAAAAAUGAAGCCUUGCAUUUCCUCUGGAAAUGAAAUCCAAAUAAUAAAGCAACAUUGAAGCA